AUGGAGGUGGAUAUCUCCCCCCCAGGCGGAACCCGUCCGGCGACUCCGCUCCUGGGUGAAAACUCUGACCCCCCCUCAGGACCUACCACCCCGACCCCCCUACCCCGGAACUCCCUGAAGAGAAGGGCCUUAUUCUCCCCGCAGAAGACUCCCACUGCAGCUCCAGUCCCUGUAUCCCAUACGCCGCAAGCCCCGUCGAUCUGCGAACAGGUCGGCAUGGUAGCAGACGACCAGCUAGCCCUUCUUCAUGAUUGGAAACUAGCCAUGACCUCCCUUGCCAAAGCUCUAGAUCUAACUGUCUCCUCCCUACAGGGCCGCCCAAGAGACCUGGCCCGGGAGCUUGCAGCCAGAUUCGUCACCCUUGCAAAGCAGGACUCCCCUCAGCAGAUUUCUCAGAUGCCUGUGGUUGCACCCCCACAGCCACCCAGACAGAUGGAACAGCCAAACCAUCCUCCCACUCCUGAAGCUUCCAAAAGCCCCCUGAACAGGCAAACCUCGCAGCCUACAACCUGGGCAUCCCUAACAGCUCCAAGAACUGGCCAGGGGAACUGGCAAACUAUUGCCCCUGAACACCAUAUGCAAGCCAAGCAAACAGCACAACGAAGGCUGAAGCAGUCAAACAAGACUGACCACCGCAUCUUCCUCCGCCUCCCGGCCUCCUCCAGCCUCCGAGCUAUUGGACCACAUGGCAUCCGGGUCACCCUUGCUGGGAAGGUUCCGGACGGGAUCACACAGGUACAAGUAAUAUCAACCGGGUAUGCAAUCACUACAACAGAACAGGGCAAGGCUUUCCUACUAUCAGAGAAGGCUGCAAGCCUAGCUGGGGAUGGGUACUUUGAAAUUCCAACAGAGUACCACCAGGUUAUUGUCUCCCGGAUCCCAAAACAACUCUGGUCCCUAGAUGGAUGGAUAGAUACAACAAUUGCAGACAUUAGCAUGGAAGCAGAGCGCAUUACUGGCAUUAAGCCUCUCAUGGCCAAGCUCUCAAAACACCCAGUAGAGAGGGACUCUAUCACAGCAGUCAUAGCCUUUCCAAAAAAGCUACAACACCCCCUGCAACUCUUUGGCUUGUCUGGCCUAUCAAGGCCCACUCGCCCCAAGCAAAGGCCUUUGCAAUGCACCCGAUGCUACCGCUUCCACGAUACAAGGGCCUGCCGCUCUAGUGACCGAUGCAUCUCCUGCGGAUCCUCAAAACAAGAUCAUAACUGCCAUGUACAGUGUAUCAACUGCUGCGGCCCACAUGCAGCAGACUUCCCAAAAUGCCCAGCCAGACCCCAUGUCCAGAGGAACAUUAUUACCCGCCUCUCGAAGGAUGCUCUAGCUGCUAUCCGCAAGGCUGGCCGGCUUGCCUUCCAACAGGAACAGAAGAAAGCUGAAAGUUCUAAACAACAAGCAGACACCCAUUCCCUCCCGGAACCUAUCUCUCCGGAUAUCACCACAAUCUACACGGCAGGCCUUACUAUUAUCAAUGUUUAUCGGCCCCCUAAUGACCCAGUUGCCCCUGCUGGUGCUGGCUCAACACCCUCUACACUUUCCACACUCCUAGGAUAUACCCCACCAGAGAUCACCAUCCUAGCAGGAGACUUCAAUACCCGGCACCCAUUCUGGCAGCCAGAUACUGAGUCUCAUGCUGUCACACCUGGCGCAACAGGACUAUUAGACUGGCUUGAUGCCCACGAGCUGGAACUUCGCCUCGAGCCAGGCACCCCUACCCGUGGACCAAAUACCCUAGACCUAGUCUUCUCUAACAUACCACUAAGGGCCCUAGUGGAAGACCAUCUAAAGACUCCAAGCGACCAUGCAACAAUUGGAAUAAUACUGGAGCAAGACGAGCCUUCUCCUAUUCACAAGCUUGGCUCUACCAACUGGGAGAAAGCCAGAACCCUGGCAAGCCCGCCUGACCCAACCCUACCAAUUAACCUACUAGCCGAGCAACUGGUCCAGAUAUCCCAGCUAGCAAUUCAAGGCGCAUCAAGAUACAAUACUCGCAGACUCCCCAGGACCCCAUGGUGGACUCCAGAACUAACAGACAUACUACACCAAACAAGAUAUCAACAAAACCCCGACUAUAAACAACUCCGGAAGGCCAUCGUACGGGCAAAGGCUGAAUACUGGAAGCAGCAGAUCGAACAAGCCACAGCACCUACAGACGCAUUCAAACUUGCUAAAUGGAUUAGACAUCCAGACCAGCUUGCUGCCCCUCCCCUGAAUGUACAAGGGGGCUCAGGUCUCUACCCCCGCAGGGCAAAGCAAAUGCCUUCCUCAGUCACCUCCUAG